UCGCUUCUAAGAGCCCGCGGGAGGGGGGCCUCCGACGGAAAGAUCGGGAGCGGAGCCCGCGCUGAGGCAGAAGAAGCGCUUUCAAGAGCAGCACAGCCAUGUUCGGGGGGCUUUCCAGGGUCUUCGAGGACGACCCCUUCUUUCGGGAUUCUUUUGCUGCACAUCAUGAGCAUAUGCAUCGUAUCUUUUCUGAACCUUUUGGCCCAAGUCCAUAUUUUGCUAUUAAAGAUGGUGGUGAAAGAACUCUAGAUCAAAGAGGGCGUCCUGAUUCUCAGGUUGCUUUGAGGGACAAUCACAAGGCGAUGAACUGCUCCCUUUUGCCCUUUGGCAGUUUUGGUGGCAUGGCAACAAGUUUUCCACUUAUGCCUUUUUGCACCAUGGCCAUGGAUUUGCCUUUUAUGCCUUUUGGCUGUUUUGGUGGCAUGCAGAACAUGGAUUUUAGGGAUCCCUUUUCUGCAAUGGACAGAAUGAUGUCCAAUAUGAGAAACAGUAUGAUGGGACUGCAAAGAAAUUUCGAGAAAGUGUCACUUGAUCCAAAUGCACACUCAUUCACUUCUUCCUCUGUGAUGACGUAUUCCAAGAAGGGUGAUGAACCACCAAAGGUUUUCCAGGCUUCUGCUCAGAUGCGCAUGGCACCAGGAGGGAUCAAAGAAACCAGGAGAGCAUUCAAAGAUUCUGAAAGUGGACUGGAAAAAAUGGCUAUUGGCCACCACAUUCAAGAUCGCGGUCAUGUUGUUCAGAAGGCAAAGAACAUUAAAACUGGUGAUGAAGAAUUAAAUCAAGACUUUAUCAAUUUAGAUGAAGUUGAAGCGCAUGCAUUUGAUGAAGAAUGGCAGAAGGAGAUUGUGCGGUUCAAGCCCUCUGCAACAAGAAACAAUAUAGAUAAUCCAAGACAUAGAAGUAUCCAUCAUGUAAGCAGGGAAGGUGGAGCACGAAGGGAGAAGACUCUUCCAAGAACAGCCAUCGAGGGGCCCAGGAAGCCUAACUCUUCGAUUGAGAAGCUGAAUAUUAAGGGAUCGCAACUUCCUCUCAGAAGCAGCAAAAAAUAAGCUGCUGCAUUGUUUUUCAUACUUAUCUUGCAGUUUUAGGGAGGACACAAUGAUUCUGGAUCAAUGAAUAAGACCAAGCUCUCUGUUUUUAGCAGUAGUGAAUUUUGCUCCUUGACUGCUGAAUGUUCCUGAACACUCCCAUCUGGUUGGUAACAUUUGGUUUCAAGCAGUAAAAGGAAAACAUUGAUACUGAAAAGCACUUUGAGGUAUUUUUUUAGUAAGAAGUAGACUACUAAAGCGCCUAUUUCCAUUAACACCAAGCACUGCAGCAAGUACAAAAUGGAAUAUUAUUACAGCUACCUGUGCAACUCUUCAAAGGAGUACAGUUAAUAAACAGCUGUUUGUAAAUCAAGUAUAACUGGUGUCAUUUUGUUGAAGAGCGAAUAAGUCACCAAAUGUAGAGCACUAUAAAAAUUGUUUGAAGUUUAAAGCAAUACUUAACUGCACAGCAUAUAUAACAGCAUGUACUGUUAGACCGUCGUUCUUGAUGAGUCUUGCAUGAAAGAGACAUUGAAUAAUUAUGUCACCAUUCUAUCUUUUCUUCGUAUCUUUUAAUAGGACCACUAUCUUCUAAACUGGUUGCUCUUCUUCCUUGGAAGAUGAUCCUCUACUACAGCUCUGCCAUACUUGCUAAGGUUAAGCAAGAUAUGUCUAGCCCCCCCCCCUUUAUAGCCAUCAUUUACAUUGAUGGGUAGGGUGGUGUAUGUAAUCUCACGUUAAGCUAAUGAACACCUUGAAAUAUCAUGUCAUCUCACUUCAAAAUAAGUCACUUCCAUGUGUUAUGGAGUAGUAAUUAGACAUAUUGGACUUUUCACUUAUUUUGAAUAGAAAAGCCAUUGACUAGAAAAGAUGGACUUAAUCCAGUUUCUGUGGUACAUCGGAUGACAGUUCAAAGUGAGCAACGUAGGUAUUGCCUAAAUAGAUCUAAUAAUUUUAGCAAAUAAAGUUCCAUGUGGGUAAAAACAAGAAAAAUACUUGGUAUCUAGAUUAUAGCAUUUAAGGCAACACAUAAUUCUUCUCAAACCUGGCUGUAGCUGUGUAUUGGAUCCUUUUUGUCUUUGAACCAUAUUUAUUUGAAUAAUCUCAGCACGCCCUGUUUAGAUUUGAGGCAUGUCCAACUAUUUUACUGGAAUAGAUUUUUUUUCUCAUUUUAAUAAGGCUUCUUUCCACUACCUAAUUGUUUUAUUUUCAUAUGAAUUAAUCUUUAACUAACUUUUGUAGAAUUCUUGAUUGGAAAACAUAUUUAUGUUAUUUUAAAGCACUGGAGUAAAUCAAUGACUGCUUGAUUCCAGGAGUAUGAAUAGGAAUUCAAGGAAAGUGGCCAGUGAAUCUCAUUUUACUUAUUUCAGCCUUUAUAAAGUGUAGUAAAAAUCCACAAAACUGCUGAAGGUGGUUGUGGAAUGCUUAUAUUAUUUUAAAAUGUAUUUUAAGAUUGCUUUUAGCACCCUCUACACACAUACACACACUUUUGUUUCUCUCUGUCUUUGUAAACUUGUUUUCCAGUUACUCUUUCAUUAUGAUUUGACCCUAUUGAUGCUUGUUUUCUUUUUCUCUCUCUACUAGUUGUAAUCUGUGGGUUGUAUGUUUUGCAGUGCUUCAGAAAGUUACAGGGGUGGGAUUUCCCCCCCUCUUUUUUACAGAGCUUCAGGAAUGUAUUUCUUUUUUUGUACAAACACUGUUCACUUUUUGGCCUUUCAUAGAGAAGAUGCAGAUUUGCUGAAUAUGCAUAUUCACUGUGAAAUAUUACUUCCUCUUGUGGUCGCUAUCGUAAAUUUUUAACAAAAGGUCCUACUCAAUAUGCAUUUGUCUGUGAAAUGCAGCAAUUAGGUCAGUGAGUUACUGAACAAAUAUGCUUGUCACUUUAAAUAUUAAGUUCCUAUAGAAAUUUCUGUUGUUUGAAGAUCUAUGUCUUAGACUUCACAAACAGAAUAUAUAGCACAUAAAGAAAUGACACAAAUUAAUGGCCUCCGUAUAAAAUCUCUCUCAGAGCCUCUUUUAUUGACUUUUUCAAAAUUGAUUGGAACAAAAUUCUG